AUGGACAAUCCUGCCACCGUCCGCGUUGCGCUGGCGGCCUUGGCUCUGGUCUUACCCGCGUGUUACGUUCAGCAUAAGAUAACAGCCAAAGCGCGGCGAAGAGACGGCCAUUUAAAGCAUGCCGAAGAACGGGUGCUUAUUCUUGGCGCCUCCAGCGGUGUCGGACGCGCUACAGCAAAGCAGUAUGCGGCCCGCGGCGCACGGGUAUGCUUCGUAGCCCGCCGUGCAGAUGAGAUCUCUACACUUGCUGAGGAAUGCGGAGACAAGUGCAUAUGGCAGGUUGCAGACUUCAGUAAGGCUGAUGAUAUGAUCAGCCUCAGAACCAGGGUUGAGAAGGAGUGGCAAGGACUGGAUACUCUCCACAUUUGUGCAGGCGUCUCGGCCCUGCAGCCUAUUAUGGCUCUCACGGGCACACGAUCGCCAGAUGAAGACGCAGAGGGUAGUGGCAUCCGAUCAGCAGUUAAUAUCGCUGGACGUGCUAUCCAAGGAAACUUCAAUGGUCCACUCGUGUCUGCAUUGGUGUUUAUUCCUAUGCUAACGAGAACUUCCUCCUCGCCUUCAGUUCUUCUCGUAUCAUCUGUGGCUGCGAUAAUACCUGCGCCGACAAGAGCACUUUACGCCGCAACUAAAGCUUCGUCGUUGCUACUGUUUCAGUCUCUGGCUAUCGAACACCCUCAAAUUGCUUUUACCUUUGUACUACCGGCCACCAUUGAAGGCAACUUCCGCGCCUCCGCUGUUGAUGCUGGCCCCGUACGGGAAGCGGACCCGAAUAAGAACGGAUUAAAGAUCGUCUAUGUCGCCCAAAGAUGUAUUGAUGCGGUUGAUCGUGCUAUAACGGGAAACGUGGUGCUGCCAAAGUUCCCGUAUGCCUUCGCACAGUAUCUAUAUCUCCUCUGGCCUUCUUUCAUAGAGAAACAGGCGCGAAAAAAGUAUAACUUCGAGGCAUAG